GGCGGCGGGGCAGGAGGAGGCGGGGGCAAUGCCAGUGGAAACGGUGGCGAUGAAGACUACGAGAUUCCCCCCAUCACUCCACCCAACCACCCCGAGCCCCCUCUCCUCCACCUGAUGGAGCACGACUCCACGGGCUACCUCUGCCACUCGCUGCCCCACAACGGCCUCCUCAACCCCUACUCCUACCCAGAGCUGCCCGCCCUCAUGAUGUCCAACAUGCUGGCACAGGACAGCCACCUCCUCUCCAGCCAAAUGCCCUCGAUGCAGGAGAUGGCUUUGCACCACCACCACCACCACCACCACCAGCAACAACAUCACCACCCAGACGGCGCUCAUUAUGAUCCCGCCCGCCCCAACCCCCUGAUAAACAACUCACCUAGGAUACUGCCCAACCCCAUGAGCCCUCUGUCCCAGCUAAAUCCCCAGGUCAACCGGAGUGCGCUCCCUCACGGCUCCCCCUCGCCUCCGGGAAGUAAAUCGGCCACACCCUCCCCCUCCAGCUCCAAUCAGGAAGAGGAGAGUGAUCCUCAUUCUAAGAUCACGGGCGAGAAGCGGCCUUCCUCGGAAAUGAUGAAGCCCAAACCCAAACCCCAAAAGAAGAAGAAGAAAAAGGAUCCCAACGAGCCCACCAAGCCCGUGUCAGCCUAUGCCCUCUUCUUCAGGGACACCCAGGCCGCCAUUAAGGGACAAAACCCAAAUGCCACCUUUGGAGACGUAUCUAAAAUAGUGGCCUCCAUGUGGGACGGGCUUGGAGAGGAGCAGAAACAGGGCUACAAGAGGAAAACAGAGGCUGCUAAGAAGGAGUACCUGAAAGCCCUGGCCGCCUACAGAGCCAGUCUGGUUUCCAAGACGUACAACGACCCUGGGGAGACCAAAAGCUCCCAGACGAGCCAGCCUUCACCCCACAUGAUGUCCGCCAACCCCCCUCUCUACAGUGUGCCAGCUCCUCCGCAGGCCUCCUCGCCGUACCUGGGGCCAGGGGCCUUCCCGCUCACCGACCUGCAGAGCUACGCAGGACACGCCCCCCGCCACGCCCUGUCGCGGACCCUUAGCCAAUCGCAGAUGCUGCCCAGCAUUAGUGCCUCUCCCCCCUCCUCCUUCCAGAUCAGCCCACCGCUGCACCCCCACCAGCAGCUCUCCCUGCACCAGAGCUCCCUCCUCAACCAGCCAAUCCGCAUGCAGCAGGUCCAGUCCCAGCCAAUCAUCUCUCACCAGAUGGGGCUGCAGGCCUCCCUUCACUCCCCGCCCCCCGGGCAGCAGACUUUCUCCCACCUCCAGUCAGAGUAUCAGAAGAGUGUCGGCGGCCCCCAGUCUCCAGGAGCCCCUGGUCCCGGUCCGGGCCCCGGAGUGCCGCAGGGCCACGACUGGGAUGGUGAAUACUGCAAUCGGGAGUGUGGCAACCACUGCAGCGGCAGCAUGAUAGCCAGGGACAAGCCGCUCUACCUCACCUGAAGACGAAGAUGAAGAUCGUGGGCUGUCAACAAAACACACAACGACACUGGGGAGUCUACUCUCAACUGCCCCCCCUCCCCCACUCUUCCCCUCCCCCCUACCGUACCCAUGCUUACAUACACAUUGACACAAAUACAUGCGUACAUCCACAAACACACAUGUACACACACACACACAUACAUACAUACACACAUACAUACAUACAUACAUACACGCACACGCAUGCACUCCGCCUUCGCGACACCACCACCACCACCUUGGUUUGUUUUUUUUGUCAACGCAACGACGAUUCCUCGCAGUUUCUUUACAGAUUUAUGAAGUUUUGUUUUUUUUUCUGCACCAUUUACCACAGCAGUGGUCCUCUUGCUGUUUCUGUUUGCUAAGCACUUAGAAAAUAACCCCCCCCCACCCACUACCACCACCCCACCCACACCACCCAACCCGCCUCCCCUGGUUUGCUGUCAAGAGUUGUGUGUCUAUCUGCCCCCCCACCCCCACUCCACCCCCCUUCCUUUCCAAAAACCAGGCAGGGCUGUAGAGUCUCACCAUGGAUGUCCCCUCAGGGACCCCCGUACAGCUUUAAUUAGAAUGGGAAGAGAAGAAGAACCUUCUUCUUUAAUCAUUUUUAAUUUCCUUUUGUGUGCGUGUUUGUUUGUUUUUCUCUCGUUGUCUUGUUGUUGCUGUUUUAUUUAUUUUUGCCUCUUUUUUUUUUUUAAUCUUUCUCUCCCUCUCUUUCUUUCUUUUUUUCUGUUUUUUCUUUGCCAGUAAGCACGUUGGGCCCCGUUCCUGUAAGGGAGGCAUUAACUUUUAGUAGGUUCCCUCGCCGGGCCCUUCGUGUUACAGUAGCCUUGCUGAAGGGCCCCCCCCCACCCCCCACCCGCAACCUAGUACAGAAAAGCUGGGACGGAGAAAAAGAAGCGGAAAACAAAAACAAAAGCAUCUUUUGUAAUGUGGAAGGACCCGCGGGGGUCUGCGGAGCUGUCACAGUGUGAUUGUAAAUAUCACUUUUAUGGGAUCAAAUUGGGGAUUUGAGGUCCAGAUAGACUUGUUUCUCAUUCAAUAUUACAUGUGGGUCAUCAGUUUGUAUCUCAAAAUAUAUUGUGCGUGCAUAUGUGCAUGUGUGCGUGUUUGUGUGUGUGUGUGUGCAUGUGUAUGUGUGUGUGUGUGUGUGUGUGUGUGUAUGAGUGCAGGCAGGCACAUAUGAAUGUAUGGACACGUUAGUAUUACUGCAUUCACAAUGAGUAUUUUGGGUGUGCAAUGGUGUGUGUGUGUUUGAAUGUAUGAGUGUGUGUUUGUGUAUGUGUGUGUGUGCAUGUAUGCACCCACGCGCGCGCAUGUGCACACACACACACACACACACACACACACCCCCCCGUGCGCGGGCGGGCAUGUUUCGGUGUUUGGGAUUGUGUCGCGAGUUUGAGGGGCCUCGUGCAGCUGGGUUUCAGAGGAGCGCUUGGCACACUCCAUCUCACAUUAGAUCUGUGCUCACUGGUGUGUGUUCUUUUCCAAUAAACUCCAAUCUAAAACUGAAUACAGAAGAUGUGUCCUGCAGACGACUAAAUGGAAAGAGCCAGGUGAGAGAUGGACGGGGAGAGUGAUAGACGAGGGGAGAGAGAGACAGCGUUGGAGGGAGGGGGAAAAAAGGAGAAGGCGUGAGAUAAAAAUGAAAGAAGGCGAGAGUCACGCAGGUGUACUGCCUCAAAAUCCCCCUCUGCCCACACCCCCUUGUUUCUCUCUCUCCCUCUCUCUCUCCCCCUCUCUCUCUCUCUCUCUCCCCCUCUCUCUCUCUCUUUCUUCUCUGCUGGUAAAUGUCAGUCUCCCCUCUUCCGCGGUGCAGAGGUGAGCUCGUGGGCUAUGUGAAUGGAGCCGUCACAUCCACACGCCGGUGAACCGAGAAGUUUCUAGUAGGGUCUCUUAGGUGUUGGGUUGUGUUGAACUCAUCUUUUCUUUUUUCUUUUCUUUUUUUAAGUUUUUUGUGAUUAAUAUGAAUGCAUUUUGUUGACAAAGGCAUCUGUUUUUAUCUCUUACUGUAGCAUAAUUUCAGUUUUAGUUGUAACAGGAAUAUAACAUUUUAAGUUGUGUAUAAACCUGCCAAUUGUAGUUUUAUUUGUAAAGCCAGUAAUGAUAAAUAUUUUAAAUGGUUAUCAACCUUUUUUUUUUUUUUUUUUUUGCAAUUUGCCCAUCGGCCAUUUGACAGGUUUCCUUAUUUAUGAAAGAAAUGAGUUUUUUUUUUUGCUUCUUAUGAUAGAGGUGCAUUUUUAUUCUAAUUUUAUUGUUUUUCAAUUUGGUUUGAAAAUAAUAAUGAUCAUGAUGACGACGAUGAUGAUGAUGAUGAUGAUGACGACGAUGAGACGAUGAUGAUGAUGAUGAUGAUGAUGAUCACAAAUGGUGAUGAUUGCUUUAUUUUUUACAUCUUGGGGUGCUGGUCCUUUCUUUCCUUGCCAGCGGCAUCAGUUUGUGUCACAACGCUUCUUUUAUUUCAAAAUCUGCA